CUGGGGAGAUGAGCGCAUAUAAACUGACGUCGGCAGACAUGAAAACGCCUCAGCGAGCAAAAGCCGUCAGUUGUCAGUUUGGAGAUCUUCCUCAGUGAGGAAGACUCCCCUCUAACUAGGACAAACGGCAGAUGCGGGGCCGCGGGACACUUCCGGACAAGUGCACCUGCUGUGAACGACGAGGAGGAGGAGGAGGACGACGACACGUUUUCCCGCCUUUUUGCAUCACCUGUUUUUGUGUCGUUUGUUUGUUUGUGUUGUCUGACAGACGUGAGAAAUAAAGGUCCGCCGCCGCUCCAACAUGACGGCUGCCACAAAGCUGCUGGACGAGAUGUGUCACCUGACGGCCCAGUCGCUGGCAUCACUGGACACCUCACAGCACUUCCAGGUCGUCAAGCUCCUGGGAGAGGGGUCAUAUGGCAAAGUGAUGCUGGCUGUACACAGGAAGACAGGUAACCCCAUGGCGCUGAAGUUCUUCCCUCGUGACUCCACCUCGCUGCUCUCCUUCCUGCGGGAGUACAACCUCUCCCUGUCCUUCUGCACUCACCCCUCCCUCACCAGGGCCCUGGGCAUCGCCUACUCCACCCCCUCUCACUUCGUCUUUGCCCAGCAGGCCAGCCUGUUCGGCGACCUCUACGGCGUCAUUACCCCGGAGGUGGGGGUGGAGGAGGACCUGUGCCAGAGUGUGGUGUCCCAGCUGUGUGGCGCUCUCACCCACCUUCACUCUCUGGGGUUCGUCCACCGGGACCUCAAACCGGAGAACGUCUUCCUGUGUGAUGCAGCCUGUCGCUGGGUCAAACUGGGGGACUUUGGCAUGGUGAAAGCCACAGGCACCAAGGUCCCCGAGGUUUGGUACAGCUCCCCUUACUGCACCCCUGAAGCAGAGGUUGCCAGGGGAAACCAGGACAGCUGGAGCGACGCCGGCGGAGGGAACGGUGGCGAGCGGGAGGAGAAGAUGAAGAAGGAGAAGAAGAAAAAGAGAAUUUUGGUGUCGGUGGAGCCCAGCACGGACUGCUGGGCUCUGGGGAUCCUCACCUACGCCAUGCUCACCGGCAGCCUGCCUUGGGCCCAGACCGCCUCCGACGACCGCUCGUACCGACGGUACCGCCAGUGGUUCGACGGCGCCCGAGCCCCGGACGACGUGUUGGACGUGUGGGCAGGAGCGCGGCAGGAGACGGAGCAGGACGCCGUCGUCUGCUCAAAGGGAGAGGAAGCGGACCAGAAAGACUGCCGCGGCGUGGCCCCCCAGUUCGCCUGUUUCACCCCGCUGGCCAGCGCCCUCUUCCUGUCGCUCCUCGACCCAAGGCCCGGGCGCCGCGGGUGCCCCGAGGACGUGCCUGGCUACCUGGGAGGAGACUGGAUGAGGGAGAGAGAGAGGACGCGGCUGGAGGAGGAGAGGAAGAAAAGCAGAGCGAGAGGGGCGAUCGGGAACGUGAAGGAGCUGGAGGGGAGGGGGCAGAGAUGAGAGAGGGACGGCUCCACAACAUGGAGGACAGUUUUCCUCCCCUUUCCAGGAGGAGUCAUUGUGUACAGUGGCGUAAAGCAGGGGGAACACAGCGAAACCCAGUCCCCACUUUUUAUCCAGGGCACGAAAUCCUCACAAGUUCAAAGUAUACGUCACAGUAAACAGCAUCAGCCGGACGUCCCGUUAUAAGAAACAAUGUAUUUCAGCUGGAAACACUUCAAUUAAUGAUCUUCUGGGAGCUGGUUGAGUGACUGAAAAUAGUAACAAUACACAAUAGUAACAAUAAACAAUAGUAAUCAUACACAAGAGUAAUAAUACACAACAGUCAUUUACAGUCGCAGUUUAUGUUUCUGACCAAUAGGGAUAUAUCAUUCAGGAUGCUUUAAUGUUGCGCUAUAAAAAAAACCACCCAGUCUAGAUCUAAAAAAAAAAAGUCUAGAUAAAGGAAGUCUAGAU